AUAAUAAAAAGGAUGAUGAUGAUAAUAAUAAUAAAAAGGAUGAAGAUAAUAAUAAUAAAAAGGAUGAAGAUAAUAAUGAUAAAGAUGACAAUGAUGAUGAUAAUAAUGAUAAAGAUGACGAUGACGAUGAUGAUAAUAAUAAUAAUCAUUAUAAUGAAUGCAUACAUACAUCCACUCACAAAGAACAUAUCCAUAUAAACAACCAAAAUAAUAACAAACUUUAUAUAGAGGAUGAUAAUUCAGAAAAUAAUAAAAACGAAGAUUAUGCAGAUAAGGACAUAAAUAUAACCAAAGAAAAAAAUAAUAAACUUAUAAAAAAAAUUAAACAAAAAAGUAAGAAAAAUAUAAAAGAUACAAAUUACACAAACAAAUUCGAUUGGUUCUAUAAUACCAUCAAUGAUAUAUAUGAAGAACAAAUUGUUAAUAAUCACCAGGAUGAUAUAAAUUACAGUUUAUAUGAUGACAACAAAGAUACAUUUAGUGAUGAAGACAGUGAAAAAAACGAUAUGUUUUUGUGGUUAAAAAAUAAAGAUAUAGAAAAUGUUCUGAGUGAAAAAAGAACAUACAUGGAUGAUAAUUAUUAA